CUUGAGGAGAUGUCUGAUGUGCCGUGCCUUUAGAACUGGUCAUUUCCUCGGAGGCUACUGAAGAUGGAGGGCCGUCUGACUCUCUUUGCGCUUCUUAUCGUCUUGGGAGGUUCAUCAGAAGCGACCGCUGGACAAGGUACUGGUAGAAGUGCACAAUCCAAGACGCAGCCGAAACCAGGAAAAUGUUAUGCAAGCACCACCAACCUAGCCCUAAACCGCCCGGCGACCCAGUCUAGUACUGACUUUAAAGGAGCUCCCGGACGGGCUGUAGACGGGAACCGUAACGCCAUCUAUGCCAAAAAGUCUUGUUCUCACACGGCAAUGGAGCGGGAUCCAUGGUGGCGAGUCGACCUGGGCAGCAGUCAGUGUAUAGAUCGGGUGGUCGUCGUUAAGCGACGGCGCAUCGGGGGUCAUUGGCUGGAAGGCUUCCAGGUUUACGUUGGCGACAACCCGAACGUGGUGGAAAACCCUACCUGUGGCAAAAAGCAGUCUGUUGCUGGGAAAGACGUCAUCACGGUGGACUGUGGCGGCCUGACGGGCCGAUAUGUGGGGAUAGCUCUGCCGGACAAGAAACAGUACCUCAUCCUGUGUGAGGUGGAAGUGUAUGGAGGAACGUCACCAACUGAAGUCAGCAGGCCAAUGCUGAAAUAUGGCCAAUGUGCUGAAGGCACUACCAACCUGGCUCUGAACCGCCCGGCGACCCAGUCUAGUACUGACUUUAAAGGAGCUCCCGGACGGGCUGUAGACGGGAACCGCAACGCCAUCUAUGCCAAAAAGUCUUGUUCUCACACGGCAAUGGAGCGGGAUCCAUGGUGGCGAGUCGACCUGGGCAGCAGUCAGUGUAUAGAUCGGGUGGUCGUCGUUAAGCGACAGCGCAUCGGCGGUCAUUGGCUGGAAGGCUUCCAGGUUUACGUUGGCGACAACCCGAACGUGGUGGAAAACCCUACCUGUGGCGGAAAGCAGUCUGUUGCUGGGAAAGACGUCAUCACGGUGAACUGUGGCGGACUGACGGGCCGAUAUGUGGGGAUAGCUCUGCCCGACAAGAAACAGUACCUCAUCCUGUGUGAGGUGGAAGUGUAUGGAGGUGUGACAAUGAAAACACAAAAGGCCGGACUGAUAG